CCGUUCCAUCGAUAAACUAACAACGAAUAAUGUUUACAAUAGUGGAAUAGUAUGCAUAAUUUCGGCUGACUAUAAAAGCAAAAUUAUCUAAAACAUUUGACAUAGUCUCUGUUCACUACUCAAAACAAUCAUUUCGACAGUCAUUUAAACAUUGUGUCAAAAAUGAGUUCGCUGCAUCUGGCCCUAUUCGUAACCCUGUUAGCAGCGUGCUUUGCUGCCCCGCAGAAAUCUCCAUCUGCCGAUGCGCAGGCUCCAAUCGUUAGUUCAAAUUCGGAUAUUCAGCCCGAUGGAAGCUUUCAAUAUUCCUACGAAACCGGAAAUGGAAUCAAAGCUCAGAACCAAGGAUCACUGAAGAGCGUCCAAGUGACAAAGGCCGACGGAAGCGGAACGGAAAAUGGUCAAGCCGUUGUGCAAAGCGGCAGCUUUUCCUACCAGGCGCCCGAUGGAACGCAGAUCGAGCUGAAAUACACAGCGGAUGAGAAUGGUUUCCAUCCGGAAGGAAAUCAUCUGCCGGUGGCACCGGUUGCUUAAUAAGUUAGA